AUGGAAAUUGUUGGUAAUGAUUGGGAAAGUAUUCGGAAUACAACAUUUGAAUCAAUUCAUGGAUAUCUUGAAGAACAUUCUUCACUCACUUCCCCAUCAACGACAAUGGAAAAAGAGGAAUGCUUUGUGUUUUAUGAGAAAAGUCCAGACCUUUCCAAUACAAUCUUUGCCAUGGUUUUCUUUGCCUCUGUCUAUGUAACGAUUUUUGUGCUCGGAAUUGCUGGCAACUUCUCGAUAAUCUUUGUCACGUUGAAGUACAAGAAUUUACAGACUGUUCAAAAUAUGUUCAUCUUGAAUCUGGCAGCAAGUGACAUCAUGAUUUGUCUUCUUUCACUGCCAAUCACUCCAGUCACCAAUAUCUAUAAGAAUUGGUAUUUCGGGGCGAUGAUGUGUCGGUUGAUACCAUGGGUGCAAGGUGUCUCCAUUUUCAUCUGCACUUUCUCACUUGGCGCCAUUGCCGUUGAUCGAUACAUUCUUGUGGUUCGACCCCAUUCUCCACCGAUUACGAAAAGGGGAGCAUUGAUUUUGACGGCGAUUCUCUGGAGUGUUUCCAUUGUUGUCACUUUCCCAUAUGCAUAUUACAUGACCGAAGAGUCGUAUGAGGAUGAAAAUAUAUGCGGGAAAUUCUGCACAGAGAAAUGGCCGAACGCUUUCACGAGAAGAGCCUACACUCUCGUUGUGAUGAUAGCUCAAUUUGUUCUCCCUUUCCUGUUGAUGGCCUUUUGCUAUACAUCGAUUUUCGCCCGUCUCAAGACAAGAACAAAGGUCCGUUUACGGAAAAUGGACGCCCGAUCAACUGCCUUAGAAGCAAGCACAAUCAAUCAUGAUCACGAAAAGCAACCUGAUCAAAAAUUCUUCUUGGAUCAACAAGGCAAAGAUCGACAACGAUUAUUGGAUCAAACAAGAAGAACAACGAAUAUUUUGGUGGCUAUGGUUGUAAUGUUUGGAAUGACUUGGUUACCGCACAAUGUGAUAUCCCUUGUGAUUGAGUAUGAUGAUAAUCAAAGUUUCUUUCAUCUUUUCGGACGGGAAGAUCUCGAUUUCUCUUAUUUGUUAAAUCUUUUUACUCACAGCUUUGCUAUGACUAACAAUGUGACAAAUCCAGUACUUUACGCUUGGUUGAAUCCGAAAUUUCGUGAAUAUGUGAUUAGAACAUUCAUUGGAAGAUCUAGAGAUGGAAGUUCAAGAGUCAUCUCUCAACCAACCACAAAGUCGUUUGUUUCAAAUGGGAACGGCAAUGUGGCCAUGGCUGCUGCACCAAGGAAAAGAAUUUCAACUUUCACUGGUUUCGCCGCAAAGAACUCGGUCCUAAAAAAGCUCAAGCGGGAGAAGAGACGCUCAAUGCCGGAGAACGGGCACAAGCCGAUUCUCAACAGCACACCGAUUCCCUAUGAAGUGGUGGAGCCGAGUGAGCACGAUGCCUUCGUC